GUGAUGUGUGAAGUUUGGGUGUUGACGAUGUGAAGUUGCAGGUUGCCCACGGAGAAGCUGCAGGAUGAGACUCUGAUCAAAAAUUAGAUAAUUUUGGAGCUGCUGCUGACAUCGUCAUGGCCUUACAGGUGAGUGCAGGUGGGACUGAGUGUGACCUUCGACCUCUCACCCGCAGAGAUCAGGUGAGAGGUCCGAACCUGGGAGAAAAAAACCUCUGAACCUGUGGAGUCUGUUGGCGCUCCGACUGGAGGAGACAGUGUUUAGAUUUCAGACGAGUUUAAAACGUAAAAAGGAUUCAUCAAGAAAAACAGGAAAAAUAAAAUUAAAGAAAAACACACAAAUGGAAAAAACAGGUUUGUUUGAGGGACAUCAAGAAAAGAAGUAAGAUCACCAACAUAUUUAUACUUUUAAGUGUGAAAGACAGCUGUUCAAAUAAAUUAACUCGUUUUAAACUUUGACAUAUUUUUAAGAAUUAAAUAAAAUGUCUAGAAGUCAAAUUAUUUGGCUGUGAUCAGAGGUUUUACUGUUCAGAGAUUAAAAAAGUGUUUGUACAUCCAGACAUUAAAUAUAAUCUUAAAUUAACAACAAAUUAAUUUAAACUUCAUCAUGAAAAUGAAAGUUCAAAUAUCCAGAGAGUUUUAAUCUGAAUUUGAUAAUGAUCGCAUUUAUUUAUCUGCAGAAUUAUUUAACUUUAGUGAAGUGAUAUGAUUUACAACUGAACAGAUCUAUUAAAAAAAAUCUAAUUUAAUUCACUUAUUUCACUAAUAUUACUAUUAUUUACCAGCAGAAACAGAAAACCGUGUCUCAAACAGAGGGGGGAGGAUGUGUCAGAGAACAGCCUGCAGCUGUUGACUCAGUCAGUCAGGUCCAACAGGUAGACAGGUUCAGGUGUUUGACUCGAAACCUUUACUCAGGGUUUACUCCACCUGUGAGGACCCUCCCUUUACUAAUCUGAACCCUAAAAAGUUCUGAAGAGUUUCUGGUCAUGAAAACUCAGAAUUUCUGUUUCAGGCUCAGGUUCUGUACGACUUCACAGCCGAACCAGGAAACCACGAGCUGUCCAUCAGACAGGGAGACACCAUCACCGUCAUCGACCAGGUAUCGCCCUCUCGCACACACAAACACGCCUAAAUAUACGUGAUAUGAGAUAAUGUCCUACAACAGUGUGUGUUUCUGUGUGUGUGUGUGUGUGUAGACUGUGGGUGGAGGUUGGAUUGAAGCCCAGGACUCCAGCGGAAGAACCGGACUUGUUCCUGAGGGAUACUUACAGGUGAGCUGUUGACUUCCCUUUGUGUCAACUGCAAACCUGAAGGAAGCUCCGCCCACUUCCACCUUCAGAGCCAAGUGACAACAACGGUUAAAGACGCCAGAGAUGGAAACAACAACAAAUACACAAACAACAAAAAAAUACGACGAAAAGCAAAUUAACCUAUUUCAACAAAAAUACUAACAGAGAUGCAGACAACAAUUGAAACAUAAAAAUAUCAAAAAUAACAAACAAAAAAUAUAAUAACAUGACCAGUCCUAAUUUAGAAGACACAAACCACAAACAUUAACAAAAUCAACAACAAUAAAGACACAAACUUCAACAAAAACAACCAAAAAAGAAAAUCGACAACCAUGACAACAAAAGAAAAAAAAAACACUCAAAAAUACUGCAGUUCAUGUUUGGUUGUGUCUUUUGUGCUGCUGAUAUUUAAGUUGUGUUUCAGGUUAUUGGUGCCGCUGACGGGGCUGGAGAGUCCAGGUCAGGGGGCGGGGCUUCAGUCACAAAUGCAGCAGAAGGGUGGAGCCAUCAGGGGGUCGCUAACACACAACAAGGUGAGAGACUCUGACUCGACGUUGGUCGUUUUAAAUAAAGGUCGAUUCAAAAAUGAAUCAAAGUCAGCAACAGAAACUGUUUCCAUCUCCAGCGGACGUCAUCGACUAUGACGAUGGCGAGUGGGACGAUGACUGGGAUGACCAAUCAGAAGCUGGUUCCCGUGGUUAUGAUCAGGUGGAGGAGGAGGGAGGGGCUGCAGGUCAGAGCACCAACGGGUCCACGAUGAAGAUCUCCCUGAACAGGUGGACAUGAUUUGACUCUUGUGAUCUAAGUGGAUCUCAGGAGUAGAUCCCGGUAGAUCUCACAGAUCUGUGAAAUCCUCUCUGUUUCCAGGUUUCCAUUUCAUAAAGGUCCAAGCGCUGAAGUGUAUCUGCUCGCCAAAGCUCCCGCUGACAGCAGAGAAAGACUUCCUGUCUUUGUGAGUGAUCUUCUUCCUUAUAUCACUGUGUUAUUGAACGCUGUGCUCUGAUUGGCUCCUGCUGAUUAUCCAAUUAGAUCGGAGAAGUGGGUCCAGUGUGGCUUUACCCGUCGGCUCCUCUGGACUGUUUGAUCGCGGAUCCCAAGAAGGAAUCCAAACUGUACGGCCUGAAGAGCUUCAUCGAGUACCAGAUCAUCCCAAAUGUAGGCUACAGCUUGGACUUCCAACUGCUGAGGGAACUCGAACGCAGCGUGAGUAGUUCUUGGUCGCACUCAGUAUUUGACACCCUUUGACUCUCCACAGACGACCAACAGACCCGUCACUCAUCGCUACAAGCACUUUGAUUGGCUGUAUGAACGUCUUCUGGACAAGUUUGGUUCAGCCCUGCCCAUACCCGCACUCCCAGACAAACAAGUCACAGGUGCGCUGUCACCAUGACAACCACACAUACCCCGUCCACCCCCGCGGCAAGGGCUUAAGUGAUCUCCUUUGCUUUCAGGACGGUUCGAGGUGGACUUCAUCAAGAUGCGGAUGGAGCAGCUGCAGUCCUGGAUGACCCGGAUGUGUCGUCACCCGGUCGUCUCUCAGAGCAGCGUCUUUCAACUCUUCCUCACCCACAGAGAUGAGAAGGCAGGUUAAGCUCCGCCCACAUUGCACAGGGUUGCUGUCUGCAUUCUGAUUGGCUUAAUUUUCGUUCCGAUGUUGCAGGAGUGGAAGACCGGGAAGAGGAAAGCUGAAAAGGACGAGACAGUCGGACCGAUGAUCUUCAGUUUGGUGGAAACUGAAGCUGCUGAGCUCGACGCUAUUAAUGUGUGAGUCAACCAACCAAUCAGCUAACUACCAAUUAACCAACCCGCCCACCUGCCAGCCAAUCAGCUUUGUAACCAAUCAGAUUGAUCUUUUCUUUGGUUGUUUGUUUGUAGGGAACAGAAGUGUGAGCACUACAGCCGGUUCACGCGGUCCAUGGACGAUGGCGUCAGAGAGCUGCUGAGUGUCGGACACACACAUUGGAAACGCUGCACGGGACGUGAGUGUGUAUAAAUACUUCAACAUGUGUACUUAUACUUCUAAACACGCACAACCUUACACACAUGUUUGUGACUGUGUGUGUGUGUGUAGCGCUGCCCAAAGAGUACGAACGUAUCGGACGAGCCUUCAAGAACCUGUCGACGGUUUUCACCAGCAGCGGAUAUCCAGGUGAGGAAACAAGGGGAUAAGGGUACAAGGGGAGAGGAGACAAGGAAGAGUUUGAAGGAAGAGGUAUUGGAAAAGUAGAUAUUUUGUCUUUUAAUGACUUAAAUCACAAACUGGCGUGUUGUAGGGGAGGAGACUCUGACGGAUGCUCUGACGGUGGCGGGUCAGACGUACGAGGAGAUUGCAGAGCUUGUGGCUCAACAGGUACAAAAACACAAAAAUACUCAGUGUACUUUAACACUGAGAUAUUUCAUGUACUUGUCGUGUUUCCAAAAAAUAAAGUGUUUAUAAAACUCUCUGACCUUUGACCUAUCAGCCUCAGAAGGAUCUCCACUUCCUGUUGGAGACAAACAAUGAGUACAGAGGCAUGCUGGGAUGUUUCCCAGACAUCAUCUCUGUACACAAGGUACUGCAGUACAAGUACACACAGAAUACGACUGAUACCACAAAUGUUUUCUAAAUUAGAGCAAAUGAGUCAUGAAGGGGGCGUGGUCUUGUGCGUGUGUUUUUGUCAGUCCGCCAUAGAGAAGGUGAAAGAAAGCGACCGUUUGGUGUUGGCGGGAAAAAUCACCAACGGCGACAAGAAGUUCAUGAGCCAACGACUCAGCGGCAUGAGCUACACUCUGCAGGGUAACGACACAACAAUCACCAAAUGGACCAAUCAGCUGUCUGCUCCAACCAUAACCUCCGCUUUUUCCUUCUCCUGCAGCUGAGAUGAAUCAUUUCCAUAGCAACCGUAUCUAUGACUACAACCGAGUGAUGCAGCUCUACCUGCAGCAACAGGCGACCUUCUACCAACAGGUAAGACAUGCAAGACCGGGGGGGUGAUGGUGCGUUCGAGUUACCUCAAAGGUCAGAAGUCCAAGCUGAAAAUGACGUCACACCCGAGUUCCCAGCGUUUCAGUUACCAAGUCGGAAAAAAGCAAAAUCGGAGAAGGAAACAAGAUCGCUACUUCUACGAAAGUUAUUUUAGCGCUUGCCUUGUCCAAACUUAAGGCCUCCGAUUUCGCUUUUUUCCGACUCAGUAACUGAAACACUGAGAACUCAGGUGUAACGUCAAUGUUUGCCCCGACAUCUGACUUCUGAGGUAACUUGAACGCAGCAUUAUCAAGGUUAACAUGAAGACAUAUGUCAUCACCUCUCUGCUCUCUGAUUGGUCAGAUCGCCGAUAAGCUGAGAGCCGCUCUGAACCAGUUCACCACGCUGUGAGGACGACAUCACGGCUCAGUAUCGUCUGUUACUUUUAACAAAAUAAGAGUCAUUUUAAUGUUUGCACAUUAAUGAACCACACUAAGAUCGUUUUUAAUAUGGACUUUUAUUGAUAAUUAUUGUGAUAUUUUUGUCUCUGUGUGACUGAUGAUUAAAGUUUAACUGGGUUUUACACGUUAAAGUCAGCUGUCAUUACUCUCUUUUCUUUAUCCGAUCAGAAUCCUAAUAUUUAGAGUUUCACAGAAUCUGCUGAUCUGUUGAGUAAAGAUUGAAAACCCAAAGAGGUCUCACUCUGACACAAACUGCUGCUGAGCUGGCGUCUGAUUUUGACCUCUGAUCCUGGAUAGGAAGCGGACCAUCAGCAGCUUCCUGUCAGGAUGGAGCUGGAUUUGUUGUUGUCAGGGUUUGGGAUGUUUUUAAGGCUUGUACUUCAGACUGAGAAAACUAUAAUGAUAUACAGUUUAAUAAAGUAACCAAACUCCAUAAAUAACUCCUGUUUGAUUAAUUUGAAAUGAGCAGAAGAGCAGAUGUUUGAGUGGAUUGUAAUACUAAAUUUAUUCUGAUACCGCUGGAACAAAACAAACUCCAUUUGUUGUUUCGCUCCAGAUUUCUUGUAUUUUUGAUAACUUUGCUUUUUAAAGAAAUUAGAUGAGUUUUCAGAUAAAUUCUUGCUCUAUAAUGUUCCUCCCUCAUUUCAAGGACACCAAGAGGGAAUUUUUGAGGGGUUUUACCCUCGAGCGGAAAAUUCAGAAGAGGCAUUUUCUUUCCGAGAGGAUUGUUCCGGUGUUACUCACUGUUUAGCGGACACCUUUAUUGUUUAACUCACUGGUAGGACAUCCAAAAGAGACUAUUUGAAGGGAUGUUCAGGCAUAAAAUUAAUUUAGGGUCAAACACACCGUAACACCGAGUUUGACACCCCCUCCAGAGAUGAAUGUUGCCGACCACGCAGAGAGCCACGCCCUCAACCAAAACACCACUCCAUAGCCACAAAUAAUGCU